CUGCUGCCAUGCGCAGACAGGGUUGUUGUUGUUGAGCAGGUUGUUAUGGCUGCUGGAGCAGAAGGCCUCGGACUCAACUGAGAGAGAGGUCUCCUCCUCUAACCUCUCCUCUCUCCACCACCCCAUGGAGGGCACCGACAUGGACGUGGACGCGGAGCUCAUGCAGAAGUUCAGCUGCAUGGGCACCACGGACAAGGACGUGCUGAUCUCUGAGUUCCAGAGGCUGCUGGGCUUCCAGCUCAACCCGGCCGGCUGCGCCUUCUUCCUGGACAUGACCAACUGGAACCUGCAAGCUGCUAUUGGUGCAUAUUAUGACUUUGAAAGUCCCAACGUCAACACGCCAUCCAUGUCCUUUGUUGAAGAUGUGACAAUUGGGGAGGGAGAGUCUGUUCCUCCAGAUACACCGUUCACAAAGACCUGGAGAAUACAAAACACAGGUGCAGAGUCGUGGCCACCUGGGGUUUGUCUCAAAUACAUUGGUGGGGAUCAGUUUGGGCAUGUAAACGCAGUUAUGGUAAAGUCACUAGAACCCCAGGAAAUAUCAGAUGUGAGCGUGCAGAUGCGAAGUCCCACAGCUCCAGGCAUGUACCAGGGCCAGUGGAGGAUGUGUACAGCCAACGGAUUAUUCUAUGGAGAUGUAAUCUGGGUGAUUCUUAGCGUAGAAGUCGGAGGUCUCCUCGGCGUGACCCAGCAGCUGUCCUCCUUCGAGACAGAAUUCAAUACCCAACCCCAGCGCAACGUGCAGGGGGACUUCAACCCCUUCGCCUCGCCACAGAAGAACAAGCACGACGCCACUGACAACAGCUUCAGAGAUCCUGGCGGAGCGUGGGAACGCACGCAAGAGCCAAUCCAGCAAGAUCAAAAUGGACUGUCUCAUAAUGCUGUAAAUAGGGCGUCAAAUGGUCUCCAAACCAAUCUUUCUGUGGUGACUUAUGGUCAGGGUAUUCACGGACCCUAUCCAUUUGGACAGAGCUAGAAUGACAAAGACCCCCCCCACCACUACCACCGUACCGUGGUGGAUGAUGAGCUUAACACCCUGGGAGUCCUUUAAUGCAGAGGAGUCGGAGGGGGGGGAGGAACAGUUGUUUUAUAUUGACUCAUGACAACCUUCUCCCCAACCCCACGUGGCCCUUUCCACAGAAACACAAACUACAGUGAGGUGAUGGAUUACAUCCGCUACAGCGAAACACCUGACAUCAGCACCCGGAUUCGCAUGUGUGAAUGCUUCAUUUGAGAGUGCUAUAAAACCUUAAAAAUAGAUACACACGACUAUUUUUAUUUCCACUGUAAAACACGCCUAAUUAAAGGGAAAAUCAACCCUAAACAACCUCUAAACAAUUUGGUAUUCCCCAUGGACAAUUGAAUAGUUUGUCUCUUCGGGGUUCCUACACAGGUCUGGAAAUGUUUGGAAAAACCACAGAGAAUAGUACAGAAUUAAUUGUGAUCAAUGAUCAUUUUGAGGCCUUGUCUUUAAUUUUCAAAGAUUUAGGUGGGACAAAAGUGUAUGGAUUAUUUCCAGUUUUCCUCUAAAUGAAAGCCUUACACCAGUUUCACACUUAAACCUAUGAAUAAUGUGGGAUGUUAAACAACUAAUAUGACAAGUAUGACUAGUUGUACCAGAGUAUUGGUCACCGGAGCAUUGUCAUUCAUGAAAGAUCAUCCCUAAACCACAGAAUUAUGCCGCGUUGAUGUUAUAUGGGAUGGAUGGUAGAGAAAGAUUUUGUUGGCGUUCACAUGAUCAGACAACUAAAAAUAGUUGGAUUACAGAUUUGGCUGUGUGAGGGUAAAAAAUAUGUCACUAUAUCCAGUAAAUUUUGGUUUAAUCACAUUGAACGUCUGACAUGAGGCGUCCGUAUUUGUUUGGUUUUCGUUCUAUAUUAUUAAGCGCUAAAUCAGACAUGUGAGAGCUUUCAGAGAAGUUGCAGUUACAACUCGGAUGUUGCGCUGAAUUUACAAAUUGGGAAAUACAAUAACUCCAUAUUGACUCUGGAAUUCUGCUUGUACAAUGUCAGGGGUAGCAUUACGUGCACCAAUCUGGUAUUAUUUUCUUUAUUCAGUGGCAUGAAAGCUUCAAACAGCUUGUGAUCUAUAGAAAAAAACGUGUGCUUAAAAAUACUUUGAGAACAUGUGAUGUACUGUCAUGUUUCAAGUAUUUUUUCUAAUGGAGAAUAGAUGGAUUUAUGGCAGAGAAGACUAGAAAUUACCACCAAAAUCUGUUUUUGUAUUACAUUUAUUGCACAAAAGUUACUGUUGUAAACAGCGUUCACCCUUCAGGAUAAAACUGAAGCCUUAGUUUUUGACUCCUUGAACCCAGGUUGCUGAGCCUGGUCAGAUAAUGAAAAACAUAUUCUUUUUUUUUUUUGACUCACACAAAGACAAAUAAGAAACAAACAAAACAAUUGUCAUUUGCCUUAUUAGACCGUUUUUGACAAAAAAAAUGACGCAGCAUUUGAAAUUAAGUCACACAAUAACAUUACUCAAGAAUCCACCAUCUGUGUGGUUAAAGUAAAAAACAAGUCCAUGUUUAUCAUGUCUGAAAGAAGUAUUAGUUUUGCAGACAUUAAUCUGACACAUUGAAUACCACAUAUUUACAUUCAAAGAUAUUCAAAAAUAGGAGCAAAUAUCCUCCACAUCCAAUUUUGCAAAUAAAAUAAGGACCAUGCCUGUGUAGGAACCCCUGUGUCUCCCAAAGAUAAAAUCCAGAGAACCACGACACUAAUCUGUUCUGUCUGCAGGUUUCUCAGUUCAGACUGCAUGAGAGGCGUGCGUAUGUCUGUUUUUUUUAGGGUGGGUUUUCGCUUUAAAUAGAUGCUGAAGCGCAAAAGGAUGCGAGUGAGUUUGAGCAAGUGAGGUGUGAGGAAGGGUUUAAAAAAGCCAUCUAAAUCUAUUUUGCCUGGUGAGUGACUGUAGUUUCUGAGUCCAUGUGUCUACGGUAUGUGUACUAGAUAUAUAUGUACGUGUGUGUGGGUGGGUGUGUGCGCCUGUUAAGUGUGCAUGUAUGUUAUGGUUUCUCUUUGGAUUUAACUGACAUAAAAAAAUGGUGUAUACUACUUGGGCAAAGGAUGACGUGUCUAUUCACAUACACAUCGGUAUGGAGAGAGCUUUACUGGGCGUGUACCUCUGACGUAUUGUUGAGUGAUUCUGCACCGUUUGGAUGAACUGACUCACUAAUUGCCCUGUUGUUAUUAUUUAUUCGCUGUCCUAUUUGUACACUGCAGAUGCAAAAAGUCCCAUUUACAGCCAGCAGGUGGUGCUAAAAAAAUCAGACGACCAACUUCAACUUGACAUCAUGCUGAGUACAUUGUAAAGAAACAGUGUAGUUUUGAGACUAUUUGAAUAUGAAAAUUGAUGGUUUGCAUCAGCUUUAUUAGCACUGAUGUUCUGUUACUGCUAUUUGCACAAUGCUGUCCACCACUUCUGAGGAGGAAAAGUGAUUUUGUUUUGUGGAUUCAUACCAGCAUUUUCCAGAAAGUUUUAUUGGUUUGUUUUGCUCAUCUGCUCUCCCUUAAAGACCUCACAGCUUUACGGUUUGUUUCCAUAGUGUUAACCACAAAGUUUUAAACAUUAGUUUCAUCACCGCACCGAUAUCUGAUCAUAAAAAGGAUUGAUUUGUGUUUAUAUUGAUCACACAUUUAGGUUUACCUGGAAAUGAGUUCCACACUCUGUCUGCUAUCUCACCUGAUUUUUUUUUUUUUUACUUGAUAUUUGCUACGUUCAUAAUGUCAGACGGUAUAUUUCAUUCUGUAUUUUGGUCUUAAAAAUAAAAUGGGAAAAGUUGUCGAUGGAACUCCAUGACAGUGUUACAUGUGUUUCUAGGAGGAUAUUUGAAUUUAUCAAACUUUCUCCCAGUUGUAGUUAUGACCAUCUAAAUGUUACUCAUGAUGUUUCAUGUUCAUUGCGAUCAUGGUUACCACGUUUGUCAAUUUCACCAGCAUUCUGUGUUGCGUCGCUGCUGUUAUUUGUUCAUGAGAGUCAGCUGAGAGUCCUCCCAAACAGUAUACACUGUUCUGCGUUGCCUCUUUUAGUCACGUCAGUCUUUUUUUUUUCUCUUUCUUUUUGUGUGUGUGCUUCCUUCUCGUGAGCUUGCUUGUGUGUGUUUUGGUGUGCGAGAGAGAGGGAGAGACGGGUGGUGAGAAAUCUGAAUAUUGCUGGAUUCAUUCUCUAGUUUUAGUUUGUGACUAUGUACGGAUUUGAGUUGGGUGGCAUGGUGAGUGGAUGAGAUGAAAGUUUACAUAGUCCUAAAAUAGCACAUUUAUCUGAAGAGAAACUGUCAAAAUAAAGCUUUUUUUUUUUCUCCUGUAUCUAUAAUUAAGCAUUUGUAUGAUUAAAUUAACACUGAAACAAUGAAA